AUUUACGUUACACUUCAAAUCCGCUACAGAAACAGCGUAACACACUGUGGAUGUGACACCUUCCACCAUAAAAUGAAUUUAAAUUAAAACAUAACGGGACAGGUUUCUCAUUAAAUAUCACUUUAAUGCGUUUGAAAAUGACUGUAGAUUUGUUUUUAAAUAUAUCGCAGCAGUUUAUAUAACGAUAUGUAGCCGCGUGUUCAUCCAGUGACACAGGUGACACAGGAAGUGAUUACUGGCUUUUGUGUGUUUUGAUCGGUUGUGUGAAGUCAAACUGCAGGCCGAGAGUGGCCCCAGACGGAAUUACACGAAGACAUGCUGUGGACAUGGUUGGAUUAAAAUGCCUUAAAACAAACACAAAUAUGCUGUUUACAAGAAUCUGCAGACUGCUCCCUACUACAUCAGUGUCAAAUGCAUUACGCAACCGACAGCUUCCUGGUUAUGGCAAUAUCAAUCCAGUUAACCCGGACGCGAGCUCCUUGCUUCUUCGCCCUCAGACAGAAACUUUGCUCGUCUUUUCCCAGACACAGACUCAUCCGUCGCAGCAUGGCCUCGGACCCGGCAGGAGCAGACACAACCCGGUUCGACUUUCUGGUGAUCGGUGGCGGGUCUGGAGGUCUGGCCGGGGCUCGCAGGGCUGCGGAGCUCGGAGCAGCCACCGCCGUGAUCGAGAGUCACAAGCUCGGAGGUACCUGCGUCAAUGUUGGUUGUGUCCCUAAGAAGGUGAUGUGGAAUGCAGCAGUUCAUGCCGAGUAUCUGCACGAUCACAGCGAUUACGGCUUCGAUGUUGGAAGCGUUCGUUUCAGUUGGGAAACUCUCAAGGCUAAAAGGGAUGCAUAUGUUAGUCACCUAAAUCGCAUCUAUCGCAACAAUCUUGACAAGUCUAAGAUCCAAACCAUUCAAGGUCACGCCAGGUUCACAAAUGACAGCGAACCCACUGUGGAGGUCAACGGGAAGAAGUACACAGCACCUCAUAUCCUCAUUGCCACCGGAGGGCAGCCUUCUGUCUUGAGUGAUGCUGAAGUUCCAGGUGCAAGUCUGGGCAUUACAAGUGAUGGCUUUUUUGAACUUGAAACCCUGCCAAAACGCAGUGUGAUUGUGGGUGCAGGUUAUAUUGCAGUGGAGAUGGCCGGCAUUCUUUCCACUCUCGGCUCCAAAACCUCCCUGAUUAUUCGACAGACAGGAGUUUUGAGGAACUUUGACACCUUCAUCAGCUCAAACUGCACCAAAGAACUUCAAAACAACGGCGUCGAUUUGUGGAAGAACUCUCAGGUGAAGUCUGUGAUUAAAACAGACAGUGGCCUGGAGGUGACGCUCAUCACCAAAGAUCCAGAAAAGAAGAACGAGGAGGAGAAGAUCAGCACCAUCCAAGAAGUGGACUGCCUUCUCUGGGCCAUCGGCAGACAGCCCAACAUAUCUGGACUGAACAUCGGAGAGAUGGGUGUGGACACAGAUGAAAGAGGCCAUAUCAUUGUGGAUGAGUUUCAGAACACCAGCCGAUCAGGGAUCUACGCUGUGGGGGAUGUUUGUGGCAAAGCUCUUCUCACACCUGUUGCCAUCGCUGCAGGCCGAAAGCUGGCACACAGGCUGUUUGAGGGCAAGAAGGACUCCAAGUUGGACUACUCCUGCAUCCCCACGGUGGUGUUCAGCCACCCACCCAUCGGCACUGUGGGCCUCACGGAGGAGGAGGCCAUUAAAUCCAGAGGAAAGGAGAAUAUAAAGAUCUACAAGACUUCUUUUACUCCAAUGUAUCACGCCAUGACCACCAGGAAGAGUCAGUGCAUCAUGAAGCUGGUGUGUGUGGGCAAGGAAGAAAGGGUGGUGGGCCUGCACAUGCAGGGCCUGGGCUGUGACGAGAUGCUGCAGGGAUUCGCCGUGGCCAUCAAAAUGGGCGCUACCAAAGCAGACUUUGACAAGACUGUUGCCAUUCACCCCACCUCAUCCGAGGAGUUUGUCACGAUGCGUUAAUACAAAACGCACAAAACAUCUUCCCUUUGCUUCCCUAUACUACCAACAGCCCAGAUAAGCAUACCAGCACAGAGUCCCCCCUCUGUACUACUUUCGCAUCAGCUUGACAACUUGCUUAUAAAACUACUGACAUCCUUCCAUUUUCCCUCAUUUAAGUGACCUUAUUUGUGCACAGUAUUUCUCUUUUUUCUAAUUUUUACCUAAAUGGACCAACAACGACUUAUGGCCUCCUUAAAGUGUACUGUGGGUCUUGAUUAUUAAUUGAAUACUCUGGAUUCCAUUUUAAUAAUUGUGAAAUGGAAGUGAUGGUCUGCAGAUAUUGUUGUCAGGCGAUUGCAUGGCAAGUCAAAAGUGUGUGUGUUUGAUUUGUCAGUCAUUUGUCACAUGAAUAUUACAAACAAUGCUGCUCUUUAAAGCACCUAUUUACUACCAAUGAAAUAUAUCUACUGUACUGUUCUAAAGAUCCAAUAAACCUGCAGAUUUUUUUUCUUAA